CCCACUGUAUCCACUACCAUCUCCCGUGUCCUCCUCCCACCUCGCUCCCCCGUAAAACCCGAAAUUACAAUCAGGUCCUCGGCGGACGCCACCCCCAAAUCUGAAACCCUCGCCGCCGCCGCCGCCGCGCGAUCCCCCCCGGAAUUCCAUCGGAUCGGCCCCCGCCUCUCCGGCGAGAUGGGCAUCUCGAGCAUGCCGGCGCCCAAGGACAGCGUGGUGGCGUACCUGCUGUACAACACGGCGGUGUCGAUCGCCAUCCUGGCGGACAUGGUGCGGGCGGCGCUGGUGUUCCUCGGCCUCCCCGUGCCGCCCUCGGCGUGGGAGGACGGCGACGACCAGCUGGCGGCGAUCGCGGCGGCCGCCGCGGCCGCGGCCGCGGCGGCGGGGGGCCCGAGCCUGGCGGACAGGUUCCGGAGCAGGUUCAGGCCGGCGAGGUUCGGGCGGCGGCGAGGCGGGGGCGCGGGCGCGGCCGACUGCCGCGUCUGCCUCGCGCGGUUCGAGCCGGAGUCGGUGGUGAACCGCCUCCCCUGCGGCCACCUCUUCCACCGCGCCUGCCUCGAGAAGUGGCUCGACUACGACCACGCCACCUGCCCGCUCUGCCGCCACCGCCUCCUCCCCGCCACCACCGAGUCCCCCUCGCCGUCGCCGGCGACGGCGACCCCCCAUUUCGCCCGGAUUUAGAGAGAUCUCCCCCCUUCAAUCCGCCACUGGGCCGUGUGCGCGUAGGAAAAUUGAGAGGAUCAUUUAGCUCUAGUGCUAGCUCCAUUUAGUGCUCCUUUUUCCCCCCACUUUCUUAAUUUUUUUUUCACCUCUUUGCAGUGUUUUUUUUUACCAUCUUCGAGUGGCCUUUUCUUUUCUUUUCUUUCUUUUUUUACUUCUUUGUGUUGCUGCUGUACCAUUGUAAAUAUUUGCAGAGUGCUCCGAUCGAUGGAGAGGUGUAGCACUUGUGUACAGGGCUUUUGGAAAGCGAAGAGAUGAGAAGGAGAGAAAAAAAAAUCAUUGCCCAAAAAAAGCUCCUCCCCUUUUUA